AUGUUUUUGCCGGGGUCCGGACAUGGGGCUGGCUGUUUUGCCAGGGGUCGGGCAUGGGGUGCAUGUUUUGCCGGGGUACCGGGCUCGGGUGGCUGUUUUGCCGGGGUCCGGGCAUGGGGUGGCUGUUUUGCCGGGGUCCGGGCUGGGGUGGCUGUUUUGCACGGGGUCCGGGCAUGGCUGGCUGUUUUGCCGGGGUCACGGGACUGGGUGGCUGUUUUGCCGGGGUCCGGGCAUGGGGUGGCUGUUUUGCCGGGGUCCGGGCCUGGGGUCGCUGUUUUUGCCGGGGAUACAAGCGUGAUGAAACAAGGUGAACGAGAGAGGAAAGAGGAGGCUGAGGAAGAAGAAGAGGACGAAGAAGUCGACAAAUAUAAACAAACAGAUCGGGGAUGGGCUUGGAUGGUGUUGAUAGCCUUAGUAAUCCUACCCAUUUGUGAGAUACUUGAUGCUAAUCGACCGUUUGUGAUUAUUGGUGGAAUUUUGGCCUUCGCCAGCUACCUCCUUAGCAGUUUCGUGAGAACACCGGAACUCCUCGUCCUCACCAUAGGGUUCUUAUUCGGGUCGGCCAUGGCUUUUACCCACGGACCAGCGCUAGUGAUGUUAGGGAAAUACUUCGACAAGAGACGGGGAAUGGCUAAUGCGGUAAUGAACUUUGGCGGGAGUUUCGGCCGCUUGGUCCUACCGAACCUGUUCCGGAUCCUAUUGGAUGUGUACGCUUUACAAGGGACAUUGUUGAUUGCCUCGGCAUUGCUUUUCCAUAUUAUGGUCACAGGAUCACUUCUCCGUCCUCUUAGACGUCGCCCAAUCAUAAAUAAACUAUUAAAGGACAAUGGCGAGGGCAAAAUUGCAAAAAAGCUUGAAUUUAAUGGCGUGAUCUACAAACCCCUUAAAGUUACAACAGCUUCUAUUGGCCAGUCUUAUGACAGGCUGGUCAUGAACCAUGGACAGGAUGAAACAUGGAGUAAGCGGAGCUAUAAAAUGCUACAAGCAGAACGACGACGGACGGUCUCAGAUUCCGUAGUGACGGGCGACGUAUAUGCUGCGAAAUCCCGUUUUCACAAAAGCUCGGAGUUAGCCCAGGGACUUGGAGACGCCUUAGGCUCCCUUGGUCAUAUACACUUUUCUGUAUCGUCAGCAGGCGAUGAAAAUGACAGUGAAGACGAAGAGGAUACCUGUGUAUCUAGUUUCUGUCAUAAACUCACAUGUAAGAAUGUUCUUGCAAGCAUUUCAGAUUUAAAGCUUUUGAAGAAUAAACUGUUUUUGAUGAACUUGACAAGUUCAGUAUGUUCUGUGUUUGGUCUUGCCCUAAUAGUGACCUAUCUACCACAUCACGCUAAGGACGUGGGUAUGAGUGACCAACAAACCACACAAUUACUUACAAUCAUUGGCUGUACAGAUUUGCUAAACAAAUUCAUAUUAGCCUUCAUUGCUGAUAACAAGAGGAUCAAACGUCAUUUCCUGGUUGCGGGCUCCUUAAUAAUUACAGCUAUAUCUACUCUGCUGAUUCCCUAUUGCACCGAGUUCUGGUCACUUGCCCUUUACUCGGUGUUGUAUGGGACUUUCCACGGGACGUUUUUCGCCAUGCUUGCAGUAUUAGUCGUGGAUUUUGUAGGAAUCGAAAAUAUAUCCAAUGGAUUAGCAAUAACCAUGCUUUCCCAUGGAGUGUCGGUCUGCGUCUUCAACCCAAUCAUUGGUGCUAUCCGGGAUAAUUUCCACUCAUAUACACUAGCGUUCUACCUCAUGGGAGGUUUUAUGUUAUUCGGAGGGAUUAUACUGUUCUUGGAACCGAAGAUACGACAAUAUGAAGAAAGGAAGAAUAAAGAUGUUAUACAAACAGAAUUACAGCGUACUGAAAUAGCAUUGUAA